AAACAACUCGGAAGGGCAGCGCUGCUGUAUAGUGAGAAUUUUAAGUCAAUUGGGAUAUUGUAAUUAUUCUCGAAUUUUUUACGACCAAAAUGUCCAAGAAGGAGUCAACCGUCCCGACGCUGUGCUGGGGAUAUGCCGGGAUACGCGGGAUGUUCCAGACUGGAGGCCCAGUUGAUCCGCCCCCUUCUCGCCCUGAAGUGCGGGACAAGACGAACCUGAUCCUCAACUACCUUCCGCAGGACAUGACGGAGUCGGAGUUGCACCGCCUCUUCUCCAAGUACGGUGAGAUCCGCAAGGCCAAGAUCAUCCGCCACCGCGAUACUGGCAUAAGCUGCUGCUACGGAUUCGUCGACUUCGUGUCGGAACGCCAGGCGGCUGCUGCCGUAAAUAACUUGAAUGGCUACGAGACUCGCGGCAAGCGACUGAAGGUGGCCUUUGCCCGACCUUCGGAAUAUGAAAACACCAACUCCUGCCUGUACGUGGCUAACCUGCCCACGUACAUGGAUGAGAAGAAGAUACGAGAGCUCUUUGCCCCCUACGGCAAAAUCUUGGAUGUGACCUUGCUGCGGCACAGGUUCAACAAUAAGUUCCGUGGCGUGGCCUUCUUGGAUUUCGAGCUGGUCCGCGACGCCGAGGAGGCCAAGUACGGCAUGGAUCGGCACAUGAUCAAAGGCGCCUUCCGGCCCUUGAAGGUCAAGUUCGUGGAGCACGCGAAAAGUGGCCCAACCUCCCACUAUAGGCACAAGGGCAAAUCUUCCACACCACCCUACAAGCGCCGCCAGAGGACGUACGAUCAUCAUGGGUCCAAACGUUUUCGCGAUUCCGACUAAUCCUUGUGCGUAUUUUUGACACAACUUGCUGAUUAAUUUAUUUAUCUUUUCGAUUGAAUUAAAAAUACCUUAUAUCCUAUUUCCAAGGGAAACCUUUAA